CUGCAGCUUCUGACGGGGAAACCGUCUCUCGCAGAAGGGGACAGGUUGAGAGAAACCCCGGCACCUGACGGCGUGCUCUGCUCGGAAACCCGAAGCUCGGGGAGAACUUCCAGCGACCUGCGAAACACAGAUCGGCUGCGGAGCGACUGCGAGAAGCACUGAAGGGAUUUAGGAGCGUAGCAGAGCUCUGCACGUCCUGACGCCUCGCGGGCUUUGGGGACCACCGCUCCCAAGCGCCGUCCUCAUGGGCAGAAGCACUUGUGUGGGAUAAUGAUGUAUCUGCUCACGCCCAGACUGUUGCCAAGGCCAAAUAUGAAUUUUUAUUUGGCUUGGAAGAAGAGAAGCCUUCAGAAAUGGGUAGUGGCAAUGGAAGUAACACGUUGCUCCCCCACACCAUCAUCAAUGAAUUUCCAGAGUACGGCACUAUAGAGCCAAGUGGAGACGCACUGAGGACAUCAUCAGAGGGCCAGGCAGAGCCUGUGACGUGCAGCCCAGAAGGACGGGACAGUCACCAGGUACCUGGCAGGCCUCCUUCUCAGCCUGCGGCUUCUGUGGACGAGUCUAGAGCUCAUGCUAAGGCAGCACAGCUGCAUGCUGCGGAAGAAGGCUUACAACCUGCGGGUAACGUGCCAGAGAUUAUGAAAAUCUCUCGACGGCUAGAAGCAACAAAGGUGCAAGAGGGAGCAAAUACUGCUCUUGAUUCGGAGACACACAUGGAAAAAAAGAACGUUCCUGGCAGCCAAAAUGUACAGACAGCCAGAGAACCAGUUCCAGCAGGCCAAGAAAAAACCUCAGACAUGCCUCUUCCAUCUGAACGAACAGCUGAGGAAAAAAUGCAUUUGAUCGUAGGGAAAGAUCUGGCUGCAAUAUGGACUGGAGAAAAGCAGUCCGAGUCCUUGCAAGCCACCAGUAAUAAAACUGAGGAGGUCCACACAGCAGAGGAGACAAGCUGUCAUAGACCAUCUGCGACAAACCUGGAAGCAGCCAGCAGAGUGGAAGGGUGGGCGCAUUUCGAGGAGUUUUCAGCGUACAGUCAAGGCAAAAUGCAAAUGGGUCCUGAGAGGAGGCUCUCUAAAGAGGCAGCUGUGAGCAAACAUGUAGAAUUUCAAGGGGUGGAGAUUUUAUGGCUGCAAAAAGCAGAGGAGCAGAGCAAAAAGAAGCAUUCACUGCUGGAGACCGCAUCCGUGGAGAGGAAGGCAUUCCCCAAAACAUCCAGCCAUCCUGCGCCACCAAUGGUCUCCCCGGGCUUGGUUGCCUCUCCGGAUAGUGCUGGGAGAGAGGUCUGGGAAGACCUCAAGCUGGGAGCUGCCUGUGGAGCCGCUCCUCUGGCAUUGCUUGAUGAAAGUGGGGAGGAUGAAGUUUUUGUGAAGGACAGAAAGAACCGCGGUGAGGAGGAGACCGCUGUGCUAGCGAGAGGCCAGGGCAGGAUCAUGGAGGAGGGGGAAGCCGCCGUGGGAGGAUAUGAAGAUGUCCUUGGACAGAGGCACUCUGACGUCUCCACUGAUCUGUACAGCUCGCAGUUUGAAAACAUCCUAGACAAUGCCUCUUUAUACUACAGCGCGGAGUCACUGGAGACGUUAUACUCGGAGCCUGACAGCUACUUCAGCUUCGAGAUGCCACUCACUCCGAUGAUCCAGCAACGUAUGAAGGAGGGCAGUCAGUUUUUAGAACGGACUUCAGCCUCAGGACAGACGGAUGUCUUUCAGCUUCCCCCUGACGGGGAAGCAAAGAGCUGCUGUGAAGGCAUCGCCAAUGGUUUAAGGGAUGUAAGUGAAACGCUCUUCAGAGGAGAUGUCACAGAAGUUCCUCGUUUGGAAAGCAAUGCUGGACUGCAGAAUGCGGUGCUAGACUCCAGUGCUGCCAUGGGGAGCAAUGAACUUCAGGAGAAAGAUGCUGCUGGAGCCCUUGGCUACGACCUCAGCAAUGGCAGCAGCAGCAAUUUGGACGCAGCCAGGCGCCUGGCUAAACGCCUCUACCAUCUGGACAGAUUCAAGCGCUCCGAUGUGGCGAAGCAUUUGGGCAAAAACAACGAGUUCAGCAAGCUCGUGGCCGAAGAAUACCUUAAAUUUUUCGAUUUCACAGGCAUGACGCUGGACUACUCGCUCAGGAGUUUCUUUAAAGCCUUUUCACUUAUUGGAGAAACUCAGGAACGAGAGAGAGUUUUAGUCCACUUUUCCAGCAGAUACUAUCAGUGUAACCCAAACACCAUUUCUUCUCAAGAUGGAGUUCACUGCCUCACGUGUGCCAUGAUGCUGCUGAACACUGACCUGCAUGGACACAACAUCGGGAAAAAGAUGACCUGCCAGGAGUUCAUUGCUAACCUCCAGGGGAUGAACGAUGGCAAAGACUUCCCAAAAGGGCUGUUGAAGGCUCUCUACAAUUCAAUCAAGAAUGAGAAGCUUGAAUGGGCAGUGGAUGAAGAAGAGAAAAAAAAAUCUCAUUUGGAAGGUACAGAUGAAAAAGAUAAUGGGAACCAGACGAAGGCUGUAAGUCGAAUUGGUAACUCUAACAACCCAUUUCUGGACAUCCCUCAUGACCCCAAUGCUGCUGUGUAUAAAACUGGAUUUCUGGCUCGGAAAAUCCAUGCAGAUAUGGAUGGAAAGAAAACUCCCCGGGGAAAGCGAGGCUGGAAAACCUUUUAUGCUGUGCUGAAGGGAACGGUCCUGUACUUGCAGAAGGAUGAGUACAAGCCAGAAAAGGCUUUGUCGGAGGAAGAUCUGAAGAAUGCAGUUAGCGUGCAUCAUGCGCUGGCAUCCAAGGCAACAGACUAUGAGAAGAAACCCAAUGUCCUCAAGCUUAAAACAGCAGAUUGGAGGGUCCUGCUUUUCCAAGCCCAGAGCCAAGAAGAAAUGCAGACCUGGAUCAACAAGAUUAACUGUGUGGCUGCUGUCUUCUCUGCACCACCGUUUCCAGCAGCAAUUGGCUCUCAGAAGAAGUUCAGUCGCCCACUCCUGCCAGCUACCACAACGAAGCUAUCUCAGGAUGAACAGCUGAAAUCUCAUGAAGCUAAGCUGAAGCAGAUCUCCACUGAGCUUGCUGAACAUCGCUCUUACCCUCCUGACAAGAAGCUGAAAGGAAAGGAAGUAGAUGAUUACAAACUGAAAGACCACUAUCUGGAGUUUGAGAAAAGUCGCUACGAGAUCUACGUUGGCCUCCUGAAAGAAGGGGUGAAGGAGCUGCUGAGCGGAGGCGAGAACGACGCGCCAGGAUUGAAGAAAUCCCACUCAAGUCCGUCGCUCAACCAGGAGUCUCCAGUCAGUGCCAAGGUGAAGCGCAAUGUCUCGGAGAGGAAGGACUACAGGCCAGAAACACCCAGCAUUAAGCAGAAGGUCACUUAGGGCGGAAGUGAUAGCUAGGGGAACAGCCAUGCAGCAAAGUACCGGUGGUCAAAAUUUUUCCAUUUAAUAACCUGUCAUUCACAAAAUUAAGUGCAUCUGCCUGAAUGGGGUGUUAGUGACAUUUUCUAUUGUAUAUUUUGCUGUUUCUGUGCAGAUUGUGGGAGAUGUCUUUGCUCCUGCUUUGCUUUGUUAAUUUAUCAUUUAGCAAUUGAAGCAUCGGGACUUUUUUGUGUUCUGUUUUUAAAGGAGCUGGGGGAGGGGUAGAGCGCUGUGACGUGUAUUCUGUCUCUUCCCCGUUUACCUCCUCCCAUCGGCACGUGGCUUUCAUCUCUCAAGUCACUUGUCACUUUAUUUACGUGGUGGGUGGGAAAAGUAACUGGACAAAUGCUGCAGUGUUGUGAAUGUGAGCUGUAGCUGUGAGAAAUUUUGUGCAAACGGGCAGCUGCAGAGGGCUGGACAGAGUCUAGGGUGCUGGGAACAUUGGUUUCCUGACAGCGCAGAGCGUGUUGGUACUGGCAAUUAGCAGUGGGUGCUACGGUAAAUAGUCGCUGUUGCUUAUUGUUCCUACGUUGACCCUGGACCCACAAAGGCAAAGGUAUGCAACCUGGAAAUCUCUGGCAAUGCUGGGAUGACAGCAUUGGAAUCGUUGGUUUGCUUCUUUCCAAGCAAAGAGCCUUCUCCUGAGUUAGCAGGCUGGGGGGUAUCCAAACCUGUCGUGUCUCUGUGGUCAGGGAGAUGAGGAGUUACCCGGCUGGGAUGAACCUGGGUUGCAGCAGUGGCUGCUGAGGAUGUCAGCCACUGGCAUUGCAUUUAAAGACAAAGGGCCUCUGUGUAGUUUUUAACUAUACACUCUUCACUUAGCUGCUAUAUAGAGCCUUAUGAUACAUUGUCCCCCGAUGCUCCCCUUCCCAGGAGUUCCCGUGUUGGUGUGUGCAGAUGUAUGCAAUUUCUCUGAUAGUGACAGUGCACUUUGCCUUUUCCCUCCAGAAAGGGAUUCUCCUCAGCUAUUUGUUUUCCUGCUUUAGUUCAUACAGAGGUGGAAGAGGCUGGUGCAGACUGGAGGAUGGUACAGACGUGUGGUUGCUCAGGGCCAGGUUUGAUGCCCUCCUGGCUCCUCCAUGCCUGGAGGCCAGCACAGGGCUGCCUCAGCUUUGGCAGAUCCUAUCCUCCACCUGCGGGGAGCCAGCCUGCCCUGCAGCUCCAGCAUAUCCCACUUCAGGCUUUCAGAGGGAGGCAGAGGCCAGGGAGAGGCCACCACGGGCAGAGCUUUCCAUACCUCAAAGCCAUGCUUGGUCCGCAGGUCCUGGGGAUGUUUGGCAGUCUUGAGUCACAGGGGUCAGGGGAGUAUCAAGAUGAUGCAGAGAUCAUUUUUCUGUUUCCCAGCCCCUCUCGACUUGGGGCAGCUUGGUACUGCAGAGAACACAGGCUCACCUGGUACUUUACACGCUCAGUUUUAAUCUCUGAUUUGAUACUGGCCUGCUGUGUGAGCUCGGACAGGUCUCUCCCUCUUUGCCUCACCCAUCCCCUUUGCAGAGUAGUUGAACCAUUCUGGCUUUUCUCACAAAGCGCCUUGAGAGGUAAUGUUCAGGGCCAGCUGAGAAAUGCUUGUUGCUGUUAUUUUUGUUGGGCCUGGCGCAGGGUAGCUGUCCUUAUAGAUAUAAUUCGUAAUGUAUAGAGAAAUGCCGAGAUCAAUGCAAGGACUGUUUAGAAAUGUGCUGGAAUUUCCAGCCUGAACGGUGUAGGACCACACAUCAAAAAAAAUUACCAUCUGAUGGGAUUUUGUGCUCUGUCAGACUUCCCAAAGGGUCCAAGCCAAUUAGCCCAGCUUAUUGAACUGCCAGUUCAGUGGGCAGAAAAGGGAGCAAUCAAAGAGAGGGGGACCCUAACAGGCACCACAUGACCUGCCUCCCCCACUGAGGACCACCAUGCAGCAUCGCUCCCGAUGUUGUGCUCGCCGUGGGCUGCAACAAAGGAUGUCAUGCACUCAGAUGCCAAGAGGUGCUGAAGCGAAUCGAUCCUUGCAGUUGCAGCAGAAUCGGAUGGGACUGACUCCGUGUGUGAUGGUGGGGCACAUGCGUUUGGCAUUUGGUGGAGCAAGCGUGCAGUCCUCCUGCUGCUGAAGGAGAGAGAGGCCUUCUUGUACCGGGGCGUGCUGCACCGGGAGACUCCGUGCAGACAGGUGCACGGCAGUGCUUAUCGGAGGGGGUUGUGUGAAUUAAUCGUGUGUGGUAGGUAAACAGCUCGUGGAGGGGAAACAGAGCCAGGAGAUCCCUGCAGCUGUUCAUCGUACUCUGGUGGUUUUAAACAAACAAUCAGAAGAGAGAGAGAGGUUAUACUAAGAGGGAAAAAAGACAUAUGGGGAAUGCUGAGUGCGUGUUUGAGAAGAAAACUUGUCCAGUCUCAGAUAACGGCAUUUCACAGAAAGCAUGCAGCAGAAACAGGGAAAAAAAAAAGGUGCAGAUGUGUAAAUGGACCUUGCUUGGAUGUCAGGGUGGGGUUGUCUGGAGGAGCUUUUCAGAGGCAUCCUGGAACACACCCAGCAAACCUCUUGUGAUACUGAGUGCAGCGCUUUAAAAGGCGAAGAGGUGACAUUUAACUUUUUUCUCAGCUUUUAAAAUGCUCUGCUGCAGUAGACUGGAGUUAAAUUGCUGAACUCAAAAAAAAAAUAAAAAAAAUCCUGUGAAAUGCAUUUCCCAGCUUUGACACAGAAACUGGUUAAUUCCUUUUCAAAGUCACUGCAGAGGAGAUGAUUUGAAAUAACAGGAAAAGUCAAAAAGUAAGCUGCGAAAAUGAUUUUUUUCAGUUUUUGUUAUUUAUUCUCCAUUACCAGGUGUACUUGCAAAUGGAUCGGGGUAUAAUUUUUAAGUCUCAUCUGUGCUUAGCAAAUGCAAUUUUUCACUGCAUUUUUUAGCAAUUAAACAUUUGUUGAACGUGGAGCAGUCUCGGUGAGACUGUUGAGGCGUGCAGAUUAGUUUACUGAGAAUUUGUCAGGUUCUGCUCAAGUUUUAAUUAAUGUCAUUUUGCUCCAUUGCUUUACAAAUUCUAGGCGUCCCAGCCACCCAUGUGAAUAUGCACAUUUCAGAGGCCAAGAGAAAAAGGAGAUCCUGUCGUGAAUGCCUAAGCCUCCUGGACUCCCUUAGGAACAGGAUCAUCUGCUGAGCAGUACUGUCAUUUGCUUUUUUUUUCCCUUCCCCCCUUGAUGCUAUUGUAAAGGGUGGGUGCAGAUUCUCCAGGGGUGUGAGUGAUGCAUCUUGUUGGGUGGCACCACGGAGAGUCUGGCCAGAUGGCUUUGCAUGGUACCCGGUGCCCUGCCUUUUCUUUGCCGAAUGUUUGCCUUUAUUAGAGAUUGGUGUUUGGCCUCAGUGACUCAGGAGCCCCCCGUUGCAGCAUGUAAGGUUCCUCUGCUGAUUUCCAGCCCUCCCCUGGACCCCUGCAUGCCUGGCUGUCCCCACCGUGCACCCGACCUCGGUAUCACCUGAGCAGCCUGUGGCUUCCUGGGGGUGCUGAAUGUUAGCAGGAGGUACCUGAGGCUUGUUUUGGGCCCCCGUUCAGCCUGGGCAGAGCUGUGUUGGGAUGCUCAGUGAUAAGAUCUUGCAGUGCCCGCUCGCUCAGCUGCAGCUGGCAGGCCACUGCAAGCGUGCGUCCGAGCAUGCAGCCCCCAAGCCAGCCCUUUGCGUUGGUGCUGCUGGGGAGGUAUCGCCCUCCCUUGUCCUCCUCCCUGCUGCAGCCUGCCACCUGGAAGCCGCCGCUCGGGCAGAAGCUCUGCCCCCACGUCUUGAGAGGGGGAAAGCGAGGAGGGGAUGCUGAUUGCUCACCCUCCGUGUUGGACUCCUCUCCCGGCUGAAGGAGGAGCGGCAGGAGGGUCUGGACGUGACAGCAGAGAGGGGAGGGAGAAGCACAGAGAUGCCUUCCCUCCCUCCGCUCAGCAACCAAAGCAGGUGAGAAAACUCUCCCAACGCCAAAGCCGCGCUCUCCUUCGUAAGCCGGCAGGAUGCUGGGAUUUUUGUUCAGCAGCGUCGUGGAAGAAAAUCUCUGGGCUGGCUUUGUGUUUGGAUGCGUCUUGCAGAUAAAUCACGCACGGACCAGUGAACAUGGCUGCAGCUUUUUAAUCCAGUAUUUAUGUUGUGUCUUUAAUUGAUGUAGAGAGAUAAGUCAGCCAGCAGUGUGAUUAAUGUAGCGGAGCUGUGGGGGAACGCUGUUCAUCUGCGACUCCGACUCAGACACUUUUUCAUCUAUAGCCAGCCACUUGUAAAUGGUUACCAGAAGCUUUCUAAGGGCUGUAACAGCUCAUCCCUUAAGUGCUUUCUCUUUGAUCCUGCCUGCUCCCAGGGUGCAGCCUGUCCAAGUUCAGGGGCUCCUCUGGAGCACGGUGUGCAGCAGUUUGAGCUCGCUGACCUCCAGAGGCCCCUUGUGACCUGGACUGAUGGGUGACUUUUCACAGCUCCAGUGCCUUCCCGUAAUAGGCCGGCUGUUCUUCUGCCUUGAAACCAUCAGGCUUUUUUGUCUCACCCGAGUGGGGCUGGGUUCCCACUUGGUUAGAGCAUCUCUUUGGUGAGGGGGUUGUUGUGGCGGUGGGGAAUGUCAGAGGUGGCAGGAUGAUCACUGCAUUUCUGGAGGCAUUGCACUGCAGUGCUCUUCUUGAAAGAUGGAAGGCUCUUCUCUGCAGACAGCUUACAGCUUACCCAUGUCUGCAUUCUCCAUCCCUAAAUCAAUUUUGGCCUUAUAGCAGUUAGUCUGACAGCUCCUCCUCCUUUUCUGUCAAGCUGCUCCUGUCUGUCAUCUUAGCACCUCAGCUGCUUCUGUGUAACAGGUCUCUUUCCUUCCAUGCUUGCAGAAAUCCAGAAAAUUUGACUGUCCCAUCUUGCCUUGAGAAAACCUGCUCCGAGGCAGUACCGUGUUGAAUGGAUAACCUUUUGAACAGCUUUCUCGUUCUGCUCGUUUGUAGCCUGUAUUUCCAGCCACAGUUAUAGCUGGGAAGUGCGAGACAGAGUUUCAGACUUCUGUGAUCCUUGUGUGUUACGCUGCAUGGAUGCAAGGUCCCCCUCCCACACUCAGACCAGACACUUGUGACAUUCCUAGCCUCCUUUCCAAAAAUCUCAGCGGCAGAGGCAGCCUGUGCUGUGCUGUGGGGAAACUUUGACACGCUGUUUUGCAAGGAUUUGGGUGGUUUCCAAAUCAGGUCAUACAUUCUCCAACCUUUCAGGGAGCUGUGUAAAAAAAGAAAAGAAAAAAGAGAAAAAAAGAUGCCAUUUUCAAUCAGUGCCCCCCAAGCACAGAGAGAUGGUAUCCAGAAACACCAUCUGCUUUUGCAGAGGCAUAGGCAGCAUGAACACCUUGUCUCCAGCAGUCUUACAGGUUGAUGCUUGUUUGGACUUGACCCGGUGUGGCUCUCCCCCAGCUCUGGGGUGUUGUGUCUGCCCUGAUGGGACAAUUCUUCAGUCCACGUUUCACCACUCUCCCCAGAGUACGACUGGAGCUCCUCAGCUUGUGUCCUGGUGUCAGCUGCCUAGGCUGCCGAGAGGGGCAAGCCAAAGGAGCUGUCUCAGAAAUUUCUUUGAAAGAGCUGGUUGCCAGCUUGUGCUUCAUGGAGGGUAUUUUUAGUGCAUGCUCACGCAGUAUGCCUGGCCUCUCCUCUCCUCUCUCUCUCUCUCUGAUCUCUCCCAGCAGCAUAAGUGUAGUAUAGUGAACUGCUUUACUUGGAGUUCCUGAGCAUUUGCUCCAGCAAGAAGAGGCUUUGUCAGCCUCCAGAGCAGCUACGUUCCCCAGGCUGAGCACCAGUGCAUGGGCCCAUCUCCCAUGCGGCCAGCGACACCGUAAGAAGACACUCGGAAAGCCAGUGCCACCCUCCGUGUCUGGUCACCUCCUGGGACCUGGGCAGUAGUGCUCUCCAUCAUUGCCCUCAGUGCUGGGGGAAGUGAGAAAUGCCAGCUUCCUUCUCCAUGUACGCCCUGCUGCUUAGGGAACUGGCCCCAGUCCGUGUCGCCAGCUGCUUCUCUCCCUUGCGACUGCAGCGCCCUCAUCCAGGGGUGUCACGGCCUCAGUGUGAAGAGGCUGGUUUAAAUUAAAGCAAGGAGGAGAGGUGGUCCUGGGGAGCUGUGUCUGGAGGCCUUCUGUUGGCAACACCCAGCUGAGCAGUGGAAGGAGGCCGGCUCUCAGCCCUGCCUGAGCUGGAGGUACCUUGCUCGUUUGUUUUGUGAGCUGCACUGAGGCUUCGGGUUAAUUAUUUAUGAGAGCACUUCCUUAACAAGCGCAAGCAACAGCUUUCCCAAAGGCUGCACUGUUGACCUGACUUUGCUGCCGUGGUCAAAAGGAGCAAAUAUAGGUCAGCCCCGCAGAGCUUCUGUCACCCCCCUUUGAGCAGUGAAGUAUUCUGCAAAAGUUAUAAAUUUUUAAACAGUGAGGGACCUACCAUGGCAUCUGCUGUUAGGUCUGUGCCAGGAAUCAGCUGGGGUACAGGCCUGAGGUACUGAGGAGAAGUACAUCACUUCGUGCAUGUGCUGAAAGUGCUGCAGAUUACAAGGGCACGACUUUCCUCUGACAUCAACCUUUGCAAUUAGCAGCCGCUCUGCGGCGACGGUCCAGCGUGCAAUUCACCUCAACUAGACCAACACAGCAAGGGGGCUGUGGCUCAAGCAGGCACGGCAGGUUUCAGCUCUGCCUUGUGCCGUAUGGCAGCUAGCCAGCUGCUCUGCAGAGAGGUGUUUGACUGAAGUCCCCCGGCUCCCCAGAGCCUCUUGCUGGGAAUGGAGCGAUCUGCGGUACCCAGUCUGUCACUUCACCAGGCAAAAGCUAUCGGUGGUGGAAGUCUGAAGCCACUCAGACACUUGUGAAAACCUCAUGCUCAGUGCUGUUGAGUCCUGAAAAACCAUAAGAUGAGAACAGGGGUGGGUCUUUUUUUGUGUUGUUGUUGUUUCUUGUUUUGUGUGUACAUAUUCAUGACAACUAUGUCCUCUUAUUUGAGGCUAGGAUUAAACCUUGGCUAAAAGAACAGAGUUUUUUGGCAGUUUGAAAACUUUAAAAUCAAUACUCUCUGCGUGAGGUACAAUCUGAGGCUUACAGUACUUGGUGAACGUGUUUAAGUGAUGCCUAUAGAUGUGUGUACGUGUUUCAUAGGUAUAGUAUGGCUUCUGUGGCUCAGCACUCCAAAGCCUGCUAUUCUUUUCUGAAGCUUAUUUUUGUCAAAGCUCUUAAAACAGCUGCGAACUUUGUUAGGAUGCUUGUUGUUCUAGUUGUUCUCAAAUUAGGUUAAACAGUCAUCAGAGCUUUUGCAGAUUUAGGGUAUCCCUUGAGCUGCCUUGAUCUCCGUGUGUUGUCCACCAGGGGCUGCCUGUUGUUGUGCGUGUUGAAAGCAAAGGCACGUGCCUGAGAGUCGAAGCGAGGAUCGCUGGGUGCUGUUUUCUGCUAGCUACACGCUGGGCUGUCUCCCUGGUGGUGUCAGCUGAUGCCUGCACCAUGAACAUCCACGCCUGAUUCUUCUGAAAAUCACACUCUGGGGAUCCAAUAUACAGCUUUACUUCUGAAAAUGUUGACCUCGCUCUGUGAAAAUUUCAGCAAGGGGACAUCAUGUCCAAAAGUGUCCGAGCAGGACAGGUGCCUGUGAUGUCUCCUGCAGAUACAGCCGUACAGCAGUAGUGAGGGUUUCUUUCUGCAACUGUACAGAUUUCCAGAAGAAUGUUUGGCUCAUCAGAGGGGAAAAGAAGAGCAGCAGGACGGAUAUCUCUCUAGGGCAUCUUGUUUGCCCUCCCAGAGGUCUCCCUUGUGAGGUUUAAGCAACCUUUUAACAAGUUGGUGGAAGCCCAGUGGGUUUUCCCAUUAUGCUCUGUCUAGUUGGUGCAACAGCAGCACUAUCUGCAUUAUCCCAGGAAAGGGGGAGCAAGGCCUAAGGAUGGAUUCUUACCUGGAGUCAUAAAACGUGUAAGGUGCAGGUAACUUGAUGCACUUGGGCAACCUCAGUGAAGUGGCUCUGACCAUGGCUAGGGUGAUCACAUCUUGGAGGACUGAGAUGCAAGUGGACUUUAGCUCAGGGUGAGAUGAAGAGGGACAUCCCCGUCACCUUGCUUUGGGUCAGUUGUGGUCUUGUAACCCUUUUUCAGGCUCUGAGCUUCUCCCUUGGGUUACCUGCCUCCCGUGGUGACACAGUGGGCAGGUGAGGGUCAGCGCUGUUGCGUUCAGAGUUGCAGUUAGGGACUGGCACUUGCCCUCCGCCUGAGAUGAUGCAGCGUUGUGUUCCCUUAGGUUGAGAAAGAGCACUGAAUUUUGAGUUACUGUGGUGUGGUGCCCCUAUGGGAAUAGUAGCCCCUGGCAGCAGCAGUGCAAAAAACAUUUUGCACACGCGUGUACACACACCCUGUGGAUCUCUUCUGCGCAGACUUAACCUUACUGGGCCCAACAGCAGUCCUUGCAAGACUUUUCCUCUGGGCAGCCUCCUGUCCCUUUUGCCAAGUGUAGGAACCUUCUUCCUAAUAACCUUGAACGCGGUUUAUUCUCAUCACUGACUCACUGGAGUGUUUUCCAUGCAACACACUAGAGACGCAGUCCCGGUCUCACUGCUUUGUGGUAACUUCUUGGUCUGCUCUGAAGCAGCUUUGAGGUAAUCACUAAAUUUUUUCCAGCAGCAUGAAAUUUGCUGCUCUGACUCUUUGGUGUGGUAAUUGUCUCGUGUCCGAGGCUGUCCUACCACCAGGGCACUCCUUCCUGUCCCUGGGUGCAUGCAUGGUCAGAAAAGCAUAUUGCUUCUCGGUGGUCAGAGUCAGAGCUGUGCCGACUUAAAUCAAACCCUGGUUCAUGGGAGGUGUUUCCACGUGCUGCUGAUGUCCAUAAGGACUCAAACAAAUACUUGCUUACACAGAGAUGCUUUCCUGAAGCAGAGUUGUCACUCUUUUCUACAGGUACCACAGGAUGCCCUCCCUUAUUCUGCUUCAUGUAACUGGUACUAGAAUGAUCAUUUCCUGAUAAAUGAAGGCACUUAAUCAGUCCUCUUCCCCUUGGAAGAAGGACUUUUGGGGAUAUUGUUAUAUCAUUUAAAAUAAUAUUUUGGAAUUUAAGUUUACAUUGCUUUAUUUUUCACUUGAGGUGACUGUAUAUAAAUAUUUUCCUCUAUUUUAUCAUUGCUGAUAAAGUAAGCCUACGGUAUACAGACAAAUAAUUUGCCUUUGAUGUAUUGAAACUGUGAGAUAUAAAGUAGACUUCUCUCUUGUGUCCAUGUUCCUGACUAUUACUCUGUUCCUCUGUGUUUUUAUAAGUUGGAAUAAAUGUUGCUUACGGGCAACAGAGAGCCUGCAAGCUUCCCAAUAAUUUUUAUGUAAUUGAACUCAAGCAACCCUAGUGAAGGAUCUCACAUAUGUAUAAUGAUAUAUGUAUAUGUACAAACUUUAGAAAGAAAUAAACCAAAUGUAUUUCAUC